CCGCUUUGGGGUCGAGUUGAUUUCUAUAGUAUAUCGCGCGAACUGACGCUGCUGCUUCGCUUACAGAUCUGCGCAGAGCCGCAUGUUUUGCACGCUCAAGCGCAGGCAGCGGAGAGCGCUGGAAUGAUAUUCAUGCGCGGUGGACGUAGAAAAUGACCUUUUGUGAUAACGACGAUGGCUUGGAAUUUUCGUGCUCAUCGCCAGAGUCAAUCUCUUUUUACUACACUCUAUUUAUGUUGAUUUAAGAAGUCUCCGUCGCUCGCGCAGUUUGGAUUUUCUUUCCAGAAUGGACCGCGUCAAGAGUUCAAUGCAGCAAGUCCCCAACCCGAUUCCCAAAGUGCUCAGCCGUCGCACUGGCGGUGCCAACAGUUUGGAAGUUGAAAAGGAAAACUUCGAGCGUAGUCAGGCAGUGAGCAUCAACAAAGCCAUCAACACACAGGAGAUUGCUGUCAAAGAGAAGCAUGCCAGGACGUGCAUAUUGGGCACGCAUCAUGAGAAGGGGGCUCACACAUUCUGGCUUGCUGUCAACCGUUUGCCCCUUUCCAGCAAUGCAGUGCUCUGCUGGAAAUUUUGCCACGUCUUCCACAAGCUGCUGAGGGACGGCCAUCCAAAUGUCAUUAAGGACUCCAUUCGGCACAAGGCUGACCUGAACGACAUGAGCAGGAUGUGGGGUCAUUUGAGUGAAGGCUACGGCAAGUUGUGCAGCAUCUACCUUAAACUGCUCAUAACCAAAAUGGAGUUUCACAUCAAAAAUCCUCGUUUCCCAGGCAACCUUCAGAUGUCAAACAGACAGCUUGAUGAGGCGGGUGAGAACGACGUCAAUAAUUUCUUCCAGUUGACGGUGGAGAUGUUUGAUUACUUGGAUUGUGAGCUGAACCUUUUCUUGGGCGUGUUCAGCUCGUUGGAUAUGUCUCGCUCCGUGUCGGUGACUGCAGCGGGUCAGUGUCGUCUGGCCCCUCUUAUCCAGGUCAUUCUGGACUCUAGUCAUUUGUAUGACUACACCGUCAAACUGCUCUUCAAACUCCACUCCUGUCUGCCAGCAGAUACUCUGCAGGGCCACAGGGAUCGCUUCCAGGAGCAGUUUAAGAAGCUGAAGAGUCUGUUCUAUCGCUCCAGUAACCUGCAGUAUUUCAAGAGACUGAUUCAGAUCCCACAGCUUCCUGAGAAUCCGCCAAACUUCCUGCGGGCGUCAGCCCUCUCCGAGCACAUCAGUCCAGUGGUGGUGAUUCCGGUGGAGUCUUCGUCCCCUGAGAGUGAACAUGUAGUAGAGACAGAAGACCUGGUGGACACGGACAUCCCACCUUUACCGAGUACUGUAGACAGAAAAUUCGACGACCUCUUCGGCACCUCGGCCGCUACAGAUCCAUUCAACUUCAACAGUCAGAACGGCAUGCGCAAAGAUGAGAAAGACCGUUUGAUUGAGCAGCUCACAGCGGAGCUACAGGCCCUGAAAGAGGAGCUGGAGUCCUUCAGAUUGGAGAGUGGCCGUCUUUGUCAAGCGCUACGGGGGCGUGUAAAUGAGCUGGAGGCGGAGCUUGCGGAGCAGACUCACCUGAAGCAGCAGGCGUUGGGUGAGAGCGAGUUCCUGAGGGUCGAGCUAGACGACCUGCGCAGGGUCAAAGAAGACACCGAGAAAGAGCAGCGCAGCCUGAGCGAAAUUGAGAGAAAAGCACAAGCUAAUGAGCAACGCUACACCAAGUUAAAGGAGAAAUACACAGAGCUGGUCCAGAGCCACGCUGACCUGCUGAGGAAGAAUGCCGAGGUGACGCGUCAGAUGACGGUGGCCCGUGCCGCCCAGGACGAGGUGGAGAAUGUGAAAAAAGAGAUGCAGGACAGAUUGAAAGCCGCUCAGGAUGCUACCAGUCAGCAGGAGAAGGCUCAGUUAGAGCAGCUUCAAGCUCUACAAGCCGAGCUCAUGUCCAGCAGAUCUGAACUAGAGACCCUGAAGAGUACCGUCACCUCCUCCCAACAGUCGAAUGAGCAGCUCGGUACUCAGCUGUCUGCUCUAGAGAGUGAGAAGGCGGGGCUUAUGGAGACUGUAUCUCAGAAGGAGGCGGAGCUGGCCAGUUUGGGGGUGGAGUUAGAGCGUGUGCAGAGCAGUCUGACCAAUGAGAGGGAGAGUGGUGUGAAAGCUGCUGAGGCCCUGCAGAACCAACUCAAUGAGAAGGAGAGUCGUGAGCAGUCUCUGGAGAGUGAGUUGGUCUCUCUGCGCUGGGCGGCUCUGCGAGCAGCUCUGGAGGAGGCGGGAAGGAUCGUACAGGACUGCCUGAAUCAGCUAGAGGACCCCGCACACAUAAGCUGCACCAGUUCAGCCGAUUACCUGGUGUCCAGGUGCCAGGUGGCUCUGGACUGCGUGGAGAGGCUGCAGUCGGCCAGAGUCGGCUUUGUAUCAGAUAACGCAGAUGUGUCUGGACUGGUGCGGGCGGUGACUCAGUUCGCUCACCUGGUGGGCGAUGUCAUCGUGCAGGGCAGUGCCACCUCCCACAUGGUGCCGGUGGAGCAAGCUGACGCAUUGGCAGACAACGUGAAGGCGUGUGGUGCGGAGGCCUUGGCGUUGCUCUGCCAGCUCAAGGAGCAGAAGUCUAUGGGGACGGCAGACUGCAGCCGGCUGAGGGCGGCACUAGAUACCGUGAUGGCCUUGGGCGAGAAGUUGCGUCCUCGGGGCCUGGAGCUGCAGCAAGGGGAGCUGGGAGAUCUGGUGGAGCAGGAGAUGGCAGCCACAUCGGCAGCUGUGGAGUCAGCCGCUGCCAGGAUUGAGGAAAUGCUCAAUAAGUCCAGGGCGGUUGACACUGGAAUCAAAAUGGAAGUCAAUGAAAGGAUCUUGGCGUCCUGCACAGAUCUCAUGCAGGCCAUCAAAGUGCUGGUGCUGUCCUCCAAAGACCUGCAGAGGGACAUCGUGGAGAGCGGCAAGGGGGCCGCAUCUAUGAAGGAGUUCUACGCUAAGAAUUCCCGAUGGACAGAAGGUCUGAUUUCCGCCUCCAAGGCUGUAGGUUGGGGCGCAACCAUGUUGGUUGAUGCAGCUGAUCAGGUGGUGCAAGGCACGGGCAAGUUUGAGGAGCUGAUGGUGUGUUCACAUGAGAUCGCCGCCAGCACGGCUCAGCUGGUCGCAGCAUCUAAGGUAAAAGCGGACAAGGACAGUCCAAACCUUUCCCGUCUUCGGCAGGCCUCCAAAGGGGUCACCCAGGCCACCGCGGGAGUCGUGGCAUCAACCAAGUCUGGCAAGUCUCAGAUCGAGGACACAGAAACUAUGGACUUUUCCGCAAUGACACUCACUCAGAUCAAGAGGCAAGAGAUGGACGCACAGGUGCUGGUGCUGGAGCUGGAGACCCGACUGCAGAAAGAGAGGGAGCGACUGGGUGAACUGAGGAAGAAGCAUUACGAGCUCGCUGGCGUCGCAGAGGGCUGGGGAGGGGAGGAAGAGGGAACGGGUUGAGACUCAUCGUGUUCUGUGCAGCAGCCCUACAGACGGGGUGCUUGACAUCUUUAUACACACACUAUCUUUCCCUUCUCCCUUUUUUGUUGUACUUUUUAAUUCUUUUGAUUUCUUUAUUGUACAUUAAAGCCAAAUAAAAGGUGCUUUUUUUCUAACUUGCUCCCUCCCCAGCCUGUGGAGUCUGGAGACUUGAGGAGUGUAAUGGUAUUGUGUGACUAAGGGGGAGGGAGAGAAGGAAGUGGAUGGGACACCUAGUGGACAGAAAGGGAAGUGUAGGCUCGCUGAACUGUCUGAGUAUUUCAAGUCCUCUUCCUCCUCAUACGGAAUGGAGAAUCUUUCCCAUCCCCGACCAUUUAGAACAAUCCCGUCUCUCCGUGAAACAUCCCAUGAUGCAUUGCACAAGGGUGAGUCGUCCCAUUUUGCAGGAUAUGACACUGUGCUGUGAUUCUUCCGGACUCAACUUUUACAAACAGCAGCAGUGUGUGACUUCCACCUCUCAAACACAUUCCUUAAUGUCGCAUAGGAUUGCCCUCGUCUGGGUCCGUCCUUCUCUAGUCCCCUAGCAGUGGUCACUGGACUAAAAAGAGUGCUUUGGACAUAAUAGCUGAUGACCUACUGUGGACUAACACCUGAAAACACUAGCAAACUCAAUCGAGACUCACUUUUUCUGUAUUUAGUUUUUUUUUUUUUAUGUUAAGCUUUACUUUGAUUAUGUUCCCAAGGCAUUCACUUUAUAAGAAACCCUAAAUAGAUUUAAUCCACUGGCUUUUUACUGUUCCACCAUGUUGACUUAUAGGGACAAACUGCUAAAUAGCUCAUCUAACGUAUGAUAUUUCAACAAAACUGUGUCCUGAUGCGUUUCACCAGUUUCAAGUCCAUGACUGAAUAUGAACUGACUGUUUUUGUGAGACCUCACGUCGGGCUGGAGCUCAUUGUUUUUGUUUUAAUAGCUCUAUUUAGGUCUUAGUUAGUUCAGCACAAAUAGAUAUGGCACCAUAUUGUAUUAGUAAUGGUCCAUAAAACGGUCCCGUACGGUUUACACGCUGUUAAUACGACAGUAUCUGUUAAUUCCUGUUGUCUUCUUCCAGCUCCACAUAUGUGCACCCCUUCACACUGAGGCGAGGAGAGAUGUCCGUGCCUUUCAAAAGGGAAAAAGGGUCACAUUCCCUGAAAAAGACAUUUAAAAUCGUGAUCUCAGUAGCAUUAGGACAGUGUUUUAAAGUUGUAGUUUGGUAUUGUGAACUGAGAUCAUGAAAUCAGUAGAGUGUGGUGUGAGAACAGAUGUAGCCAUCCCUGUGUUCAACUCUGGUGUGUUUCAUUUUGAUUUUUGAGCUUCCCUUUUACAACUGGAUAUCUAAAAGAAAGAAGAAAUGGUACGGAGCCC